GAAACCUGGGUACCAUAUUGCUCAAACCUGUUUCGAUGUGGGCAAAUGGCCGCGUCGUGGCGGUCGGCACUCAUCAGAAAGACUAAGAAAAAAGCAAAUUCUUGUGUUAAAGAUGUUGAGCAGGUGUUGAAGUAUUUUCACGGUCUUAGGCCAGGAAUACAAGAAUAUACGUAUGAAAAUGGAAGACAAACAGAGUUAUUUGCCAUGGAGGGGACAAUUCCCAUCAAAAUAAAAGGUGUUACUUACAAUAUUCCAGUUUGUGUUCUGCUACAAGAGGGUCAUCCUGAAGUUGUGCCUCUGGUGUAUGUCAGACCAACAAGCUCAAUGGCAAUCAAAGUUUCACCUUAUGUUGAUGCAAAUGGCAAAGUUUAUCAUCCCUACCUUCAUAAAUGGAAUUAUAAAUCAAGUAAUAUCAAUACAUUACUUCAAGAACUGUGUAGAAUUUUUACACAGAAUCCACCAGUAUAUACAAUCUCAAGGGGACCUAGCAAUUCAAUCUCCCAACAAUCUCAGGGUAACAGUCAUCAAGAUGCCAGGCCAUCAGGGUCCUUGUGUCAGGAUCCCCCAGCUCAAGGCUCCAAAAGUGAUGAAAGCAAAAAGGAGUGUAUUAUAUGUAUGAGUAAGGAACCAAACAGUGUGCUGAUUCCAUGUGGCCAUCUGGGAUUGUGCAUGGCUUGUGCCAGAGAGAUACAGAGGAACUCCAAACAAUGCCCAGUCUGCAGAAGUGUAAUUGAUCAAGUUCAUCAAGUCUAUGAAUCCUAGACAUAUCUGAAAAUAGAGUUAUUUUGGGUUUUUUUGUUACAUAGUUCAUGUUUGAAUGCUUACCUUACUGUCACAGGCUUCAUUUUGAAACAAUUUUAAAACAGAUGUAUUAGAUCAGAUACAAACAAGAAUCUUGUUAUGUUCCCCUCAUCAAAUUAGUAUAUCUGUAAGUUUACUAAAAAUGUAAAGAAAAACAAUUUUAAUUAUAACUUCCAUUGGACACAUAGAUCUAUUUAACAGUAAUCACUUACGCAUUUUACUGAAAUAGGAAGGAAAAAUGGAAGUCAGUUUUUGAUCACUGUCAUCUUCAAAAAUUAUUUAAGAUGGGGAUCAGCUAAGAAUGACAGAGAGCUAGAUUAAGCUAAAUGAAUUAAAUUAGAAGUCAUUCAAAUAUAAUUGAAUAGUCUUUUUUUAUGAAAGAGAUGAUUUAGGUGAACUAUAUGUGAUUAACCAACUGGAAAAAACUUUGAAAUCUUUCUUAUUCCCUUGUAAAGUAUGCACAAAUUUUAUCCCCAUCAGCAAAAGAAAGUCAUUUAGAGUUUCUGAUUGUUUCUUUUUCAUUUUUUCCCCAUCUCCAUUUAAAAUCCUUAUUAGCCAACCAACUCCUUAAGUGUUUCUUCUGUCAAUAGCUGUGUAUUGACAUAAUUUUAUUUUUAGUAAUAUUUGUCUAUUUUAUGUGAGGCUCUGUUCAUCAACAUGCUCAUAUUAAAAUGCAAUAAAGAAGCAAGCAAGCAAGCUUAAUCUGU